CAGAAUUUCAAAAACCUUCUCAAGACGUUAUCCAACAAGCAUCAACUCAUGAUGGCAUGCGCAAUUGACUCACAUAGCUUUUUUAAAGCACCUCUACAUGUUGAAAAUGUUAAGGUACUUAAAAUAUCCUCUCUUGAUGCAAGGCUGAGAUUGGCAGUUGAAAACAAGUAUGCAAACCAAACUUCCUUUUCUUUAACCACAAAGGCAACUGUACAUGGAACCCAGUACAGUCGAGGAAUGAUUCUGUGUAUUGGAAAUGAAAAUGGAUUUCCAGAGUUUGGUCAGAUUGAUCAUAUCCUAAUUUGUGGCACAGAGGUUGCAUUCAUUGUGCACAGACUUACCUCAUGGUACAUUGAACAUUUCCGGGCAUAUGAGAUAAAUCAAAGUACGCACUGUGAUGUUGCAAUUGUGACUCCACAAGAGCUUGUUGAUUUUUAUCCUCUGGCUGCUUACAAUGUUGGCGGAAGACGCAUGGUUGUACCAAAGAGAUUUUUACUUGGUUGAUUACUUGGUUGUUCUUAACUUACCAAUUUUGCUCAUACUGUCCCCUGUCCUCCAGGUUGCAAUGUUGCUGCGAGUCAUUCUUUCACCUGACAACGUUAGAAAAAUAUCUGUGCCUACCCCAUCCUCAGUAGAAGGACUUUGCACGUGUCUGUGUGAAAAAUUGCAAAUAGAGAAAGGCUUUACCAUUCAGUAUGAAGAUCCAGAUUUCAAUAAUCAACUUUGUAAUCUGCAUGACAUCUCCGAGCUUCCACCAGAAAAAGCUACUUUGAGACUUCAUUGGGAAUUGUUUUUAACCCCAAUUUCAGUGCAUUCUGAAUUGACAGAUCCCCCUGCAGAUGCAGAAAGCACAUUAUCCGUCCAACCAUCUACAUCAGCAACUUCCUCAGAUUCAACACAGGUCGCUUCUCUAUUAAGGUCAGAACAUUGGCCAAGCAAGUUUCCAAUACCCUGCUUCUCCUAUGAUGUGGAACUAAAGCUUCAGAAAGCCAAUGAGGAAUACGAGAAAAAUGGAAAGUCCUUAACUGUCUCAAGAGACAUCUUGAUGGAAGUGUUGGGCAAGUUGGCAGAAGCCAUAUACACAUUUAAGGCAUACCCAAAGGACACUGAUUUGAAGAAGGUUGCAUCUGCAUUGAUAGAAAAGCAUCCCUGCCUUAAACGUCCUGGAUCUGAAACUGGAUGUGAAGGAUGGACAUUAAGUUUGAAGAACAAAAUGCAGAAUUACCGUCAAAAACUUCGUGAGCUUGGUUGUGCAGAAUUGAUACUUAAUAGGCGAGAUGCAUCCAAACAAACACUGAAAAGACCACGAAGAUCUGAACUGAACUUUCUUCCUGACAUUCCAACUGGUUUUGAUGAAGAAGCUUUGGAGAAUGAACGCAAAUGGAUGGAAGAAGAGGUUAAGAAGAAAGAUGUGAACAUGCAUGCUUUGAACACAAAGAUGGAUUUCACCUUCUCUCUUAGAAGACGUGAGGUUGUUGAAGAUCAGCCUCUUGUAUCAACACUCAAACAACGAUGGCCAGCACUCUUUAAUGAGGAACAGGUUUAUGCAGAAUUUAGAAGGAUCAACCAUUUAGACCUUAAAUCCACAUUCCUUACAUCACUGGAUAACAACUCCAGAGGCUUGUUGAAACUCUUCAGGGCAAAAGUAAUACAGAGAGGCGAUUGUGACUUGGAGACUUUGCUGGACAAUCUAGAUUAA